AUGGCUUUUGCAGCCUUUUUCCUGUUCUUGUCGGCUGCAGCGCCAGAUCUUCAUGUAGUGGAGCCGAUUUCGAUGACUACCACGUUGUUUUUCAUCCUUUUCGGUGGAUUCGUGGUCACAAAAGGGAACAUUCCGGACUAUUUGGUGUGGCUGUACUGGUUGAAUCCCGUGGCUUGGUGUGUUCGCUCUUUGGCUGUGAGUCAGUACAGUGACUCACGCUUCGACACUUGUGUCUAUGGAGAUGUGGAUUACUGUGAAAAAUACGGUAUGACGAUGGGCAAGUACUCGUUGAGUUUGUUUGAGAUCCCGUCAGAAACGUACUGGAUUUGGUACGGUUUGGUCUUCAUGGUCUGCGCGUACGUGUUCUUUAUGUCACUUUCGGUAUUUUUUCUCGAGUACCGACAAUUCGAAGGACCUGAACACGUAUUUAUUAACGAUGACGACAUAGCGACAACCAACGCAACUGGUGGUUAUAACCUUGUUAAAACACCACGUGGAGCACAAAAUGACACGACAAUGAUCGAUGUGCCAGUACGAGAGAAAAAUUUCAUCCCGGUUACCAUUGCCUUUAAGGAUUUAUGGUAUACCGUUCCAGACCCACAUAAUUCGAAAGAGUGGAUCGAUUUACUCAAAGGAAUCAGCGGAUUCGCUCUACCUGGGACUAUCACUGCGCUGAUAGGGUCUUCAGGUGCUGGUAAAACGACGUUAAUGGAUGUGAUCGCUGGUCGGAAAACUGAAGCUAUUCGACGCUCUACGGGAUACUGCGAGCAGAUGGAUGUACAUUCAAUGGCGUCUACAUUCCGUGAAGCUUUGACGUUCAGUGCAUUCCUACGUCAAGGCGCCGAUGUAUCAGACAGCAAGAAGUACGACUCGAUGAAGCGACUGACUAUUGGAGUGGAAUUAGCAGCCCAGCCCAGUAUUAUUUUCCUGGAUGAACCUACGAGUGGUUUGGAUGCUCGAUCGGCAAAGUUGAUCAUGGAUGGACCGAAGUAUUCCAAGUAUUCGACAGUCUUUUACUGCAAAAAUCGAGGUGGUGAAAGCGUAUUCUUCGGUGAUCUUGGAGAAAACGCUGUGAACUUGAUCGACUACUUUGAAUGCAUUGACGGCGUCCAGAACCUACAGAGUAACUAUAACCCGGCUACGUGGAUGUUGGAAAUGACUCCCACAAAAGUGAUGGUCAUGUACAUCAUACCCAUUCCCGAGUUGAUCCCCUGCGCAACAAAGUCGGUCUUGUCGCCGCUGUUAUUGCCAACACCAGCGCCAAUCACUUCGUUCCAUAGUAUUUUACCGAUUGCAGACGAAGGCCGAGCUAGUUUCUAUCGUGAACGAGCUGCCCAGACGUACAAUGCCUUCUGGUAUUUUAUCGCAUCAAGUUUGGCCGAGAUUCCGUACGCUUUUGCCGCUACGCUAUUGUUCAUGGUCGGCUUCUAUCCGUCCGUGGGCUUUACUGGAGUGGGGUCGUUUUUCCUCUACUGGUUCAACAUGUCGCUUCAUGUACUGUUGCAAGCGUAUAUUGGCGAGUUCAUGAUGUACAUUCUACCCAGUAUGGAAGUCGCGGCGGUGCUGAGUAUGCUGCUGAACACUAUUUUCUUCCUGUUUAUGGGGUACAAUCCACCGGCGAAUUCGAUUCCAACGGGCUACAAAUGGCUGUACUACAUCUCCCCCCACACAUACACGUUCGCUAUCUUGGCAUCCAUCGUCUUUGGAGACUGUCCUAGCGAUGGAAAAGGCUUUGAAGUCGGUUGCCAGGUGAUGACUGGAACCCCACCUUCACUUGCUGGCAGCACUACGGUGAAAGAGUAUAUGAACGACGUCUUUCUUGUCGAGCGUGGUGAGUUAUGGACGAAUUGCGGUAUUGUUGUAGCUUUCAUCGUGUUUUUCAGACUACUAGCGCUGCUGUCUCUGCGUUACGUGAAUCAUCAAAAGAAGUAA